AGGCGAGGCAAAGACAACAACCUCGUAUGACAGCCUAAACUCCAAAAAGCUAUAGACUUGUAGUGGUUUAAAUGGCGCCGGUGCGACAGAGAAUUGCCAAGGGCUUGAAUGCUACUGAGAUAGGAAAGAAAAUCAAAAGAGAAAAGGUGAGGUUGUGCCGUCCAUAGCUGCCGUCGACUCCCCUGAGACACUGCGCGUCAACACACCUGUGGAGACACACCUCUGACUAUCAGGGGCAAUGCAAUGCGACAGGGAACUAUGUGGUGGAGUUCCAGAAGCCUAACAGCGUUUUUGCUGGUUUGUUUUUGUUUGAGCGCGGCAGCAACUUGGCUGUACGUCACGUCUUUGGAUCCUGACAUUACAGAAACGUUGGUCAGCCAGCGUGAGCAUGUGUCUCCACAGCCCCGGGUUUACAUAGUGCAGUGCUCGGAGGACUACGAGAACUACAAACGCUACCCAGGCCUCCAAGGUGAACAGCCUCUGGCAUGUUACAACAAGUCGUGUAAAGGAAGUUGGAUGCACACCUCAGAAGUGUGGGCGGGCUGUCGCAGACGGUUUGGUGACAAUAGAGGAAGUUCAGGUCCUCAGAAGGCCUCCAUCUUGGACCUGCACUCAGGAGCAUUGUCAAUGGGGAAACAAUUUGUCAACAUUUACAGGUAUUUUGGGGAUCAGAUCCAGGAAGUGUUCACAGAAGAGGAUUUCCAGCUAUACAGAAAUGUACGCGAGCGAAUCCAAACUGUUAUUGCAGAGACGUUUGGUUUGGACCAAACUCUGAUGUAUCUCACCAAGCCCACCUUCUUCUCCCGGAUCAACUCUACAACAGCCAAGACCCAACAUGACGAGUACUGGCACCCACACAUUGAUAAGGUGACAUAUGGCUCAUUUGACUACACGUCGCUUCUGUACCUGUCUGACUACGGCUCUGACUUCACUGGAGGAAGGUUUGUCUUUAUGGACCAGAAUGGCAACAAGACAGUUGAACCAAGAGCAGGUAGAGUGUCUUUCUUUUCCUCCGGCUCUGAGAACCUCCAUCGCGUGGAGACGGUGUCAUGGGGGACCCGCUAUGCCAUCACCGUGUCCUUCACAUGCGACCCGACACAAGCCAUCGCCGACCCAGCUCUGCCUUAAAGCACCCAUUGGUAGGGAAGGGAGUGGAGGGUAAGGAAAGGGGGUUCUGGAGUACGGUCCUCCGGCUCACUCAAACCCUGCAAAAUAGAGGAAGCAGAGUGAAAGUUUGAGUGAUGAGAGGAGAGGAAAAAGGAACGUUGAUGUGUUAGUUAGUUUAGUUUCAGUGGCUGCACAAUUUUGCCUCUUAAUGAUUGUGCCAAUCUAGAAAAGACGGGUGAUGUCAUAAUUGUUGUCUAAAUGUUUUUACAUGCAAACCAGGUUUCUGUCAAUGGACAUGGACAGCACAGAAGAAAUAUGCCGUUUUCAACAACAUUUUUCUCAUGUACUUGUAAUUGCUUCCCAAUUUUUGCUGUUAUUUUAUCGCUUUUCCGUAUCUUUGGUUCUGCCAGAUUGUUUCCUGGACAAGUGCCACUCGACAAUGCUCGUUAAAAGUUUAAGUUUUAUGUGAAAUGAAAGCUGAUGAAAACAGAUGUAUUCCGCCCUGCAAACAUUUUGUUUUGGAAUAUUAGAUUUUGUCGAUAAAUGCUACCAAAUCAUGUCCUAUUAUAGCAUAAAGUUUUCCGUGAGGGUGUACCUAUCCGAUAUUGAUAUCGUUAUGAUAUCAGCAAAAGACAAGUGUCGGAUGAUAUUGGCUUGCAUGUAAAAUGUCUGCUAUAAUCUUUGAUACAAGUAAUCCUGCAGCGUGUUUACUUGUGCAAAGCUGGACAGCCAGUUGACAUCUAAAUGUCCUCCAAUAUGCACACAAGGUUGGCCUUUUUUUUUUAGUUAAGUCCAGGCUACUAGGAGCUAGGAGAUACACAACAACUAAGCACACAAUAGCACACAAGCUAGAUGUACAAAAUAUGUCCUUCAUUGAACAGUAUUGCAUUCCGAAACGAGACAUUCGUCAAUAUAAAUAAGUGCUAAAUCAUUAUCAGUGAUGUUUAUAGGUUUCCGUUGUAGCUAGUCAUCGACUAUCUUAAAGUUAAGUCGACUAAUCAAAUUGAGUGGCUCUAAUUUAGCCAUCCACUUUUUAAUUUCAGUUUAAGAUACUUUAAAGCAAUUAUUAACAAUAACAAUGUUUCAUUCAGAAAUAUUUAACAUUAGGCUGUUACAAAAUAACUAUACUAAACAUUUCUCCAUUUAAAUACAAGAUCAGGAAAAUGCUGAUGAAAAUAAAGAAAGUUGUUUAAAUGUAAACAAAGGCCAGUCAGUACAACAGCAAUAACAACAGAACAUCACCAAAUGUAUCGAGCGUCCUCAAAAAGAAAAUAGCUUUAUAUGAUGAUGAUGAUGAUGAUGAUAGUAUUUAGGAAGAUGUACACAGUAUACAAACCUCUUUUCCAUAUGCGUUGGGAAAUCGUGUUAGAAUUAAAUAUAAACGGAAUACAAUGAUUUGCAAAUCAUUUUCAACCCAUAUUUAAUUGAAUAUGCUACGUAGACAACAUAUUUGAUGUUCAAACUGAUAAACAUUUUUUUUUUUUUUUUUUGCAAAUAAUCACCAACUUUAGAAUUUGAUGCCAGCAACACGUGACAAAGAAGAUGGGAAAGGUGGCAAUAAAUACUGUUUAAGUUGAGGAAUGCUCAUCAAACACUUAUUUGGAACAUCUCACAGGCUAAUUGGGAACAGGUGGGUGCCAUGAUUGGGUAUAUAAACGGCUUCCAAAAAAAUGCUCAGCCUUUCACAAGAAAGGAUGGGGCGAGGUACACCCCUUUGUCCACAACUGCGUGAGCAAAUAGUCAAACAGUUUAAGAACAACGUUUCUCAAAGUGCAAUUGCAAAAAAUUUAGGGAUUUCAACAUCUACGGUCCAUAAUAUCAUCAAAAGGUUCAGAGAAUAUGGAGAAAUCACUCCACAUAAGCGACAGGGCCGGAAACCAACAUUGAAUGACCGUGACCUUCAAUCCCUCAGACGGCACUGUAUCAAAAACCGACAUCAAUCUCUAAAGGAUAUCACCACAUAGGCUCAGGAACACUUCAGAAAACCACUGUCACUAAGUACAGUUCGUCGCUACAUCUGUAAGUGCAAGUUAAAGCUCUACUGUGCAAAGCAAAAGCUAUUUAUCAACAACAUCCAGAAACGCCGCCGGCUACUCUGGGCCCGAAGUCAUCUAAGAUGGACUGAUGCAAAGUGGAAAAGUUUUCUGAGUCCACAUUUCAAAUUGUUUUUGGAAAUGUUCCACAUCGUGUCAUCCGGACCAAAGUGGAAGCAAACCAUCCAGACUGUUAUCGACGCAAAAUUCAAAAGCCAGCUUCUGUGAUGGUAUGGAGGUGCAUUAGUGCCCAAAGCAUGGGUAACUUACACAUCUUUGAAGGCACCAUUAAUGCUUAAAGGUACAUACAGGUUUUGGAACAACAUAUGCUGCCAUCUAAACGCCGACUUUUUCAUGGAUACCCCUGCUUAUUUUAGACAGACAAUGCCAAACCACAUUCAGCACGUGUUACAACAGCGUGGCUUCGUAAAAAAAGAGUGCGGGUACUUUCCUGGUCCGCCUGCAGACCAGACCUGUCUCCCAUCAAAAAUGUGUGGCACAUUAUGAAGCGUAAAAUACAACAACGGAGACCUCGGACUGUUGAACAACUGAAGCUCUCCAUAAAACAAGAAUGGGAAAGAAUUCCACUUUCAAAGCUUCAACAAUUAGUUUCCUCAGUUCUCAAAAGGUGAUUGAACACAGUGGUGAACAUGCCCUUUCCCAACUACUUUGGCACAUGUUGCAGCCAUGAAUUUCUAAAUUAAUUAUUUGCAAAAAAAAAAAAAAAUAAAGUUCAUGAGUUUGAACAUCAAAUAUCUUGUCUUUGUAGUGCAUUCAAUUGAAUAUGGGUUGAAAAUGAUUUGCACAUCAUUGUAUUCCGUUUAUAUUUACAUCUAACACAAUUUCCCAACUCAUAUGGGAACAGGGUUUGUAGGUCAGUGGGUCUCAAAACGUUUUUCAUCAAGUACCAUUGUAACGACCAACAUUGAAAUACAGUAGCACUGUAUGCCUAAGUAUUCAUCAAUAACAAGGCAGAGGUUUUAUUUUGGCCACUGUAAAAUUACAUACAAUUUGAACAGUAACACUGUGUUUGAGUAUUUAAUCAAGUGACUCUUUGGCGUACUACUAGAUGGAGCCCGUGUACCAGAGGCAUGCAUACUUCAGUUUGAGAAUCACUUGUAUAGACAGUAUGUUGACAAGUAUAUUGUCCUUUAAAGGCUUUUCGCUAUUGAUCUAAUACAGUGGGUACGAAACGUAAUGAGACCCCUUAAAAUUGUUCGCUCUUUGUUUCAUUGCAGCCAUUAGCUAAAAUCAGAAAAGUUCCUUUUAUUUCCUGGUCUACAUUCAGCACCCCAUCUUGACAGAAAAAAAAACAGAUAUGUAGAUUAUUUUGCAAAUUUAUUAAAAAUAAAAGAACUGUCUGAUUUGUUGAAUAUUUUUGUACAAAAAAACACAUAAUAAAGCAGAGCCAUCAAACAA